AUAUAUAUUUAUAUACACACACAUAUAUAAACUGGUCAAUCCUAUAUAUAUAUAUAUUGGUCUAUAUACAUAGAAUCGAUGGAGCAUCUUGCCGCUGGAAUCAAUAUAGCAUCUCGCCGCCGGAAUUUAUGGAAACCCCUCACCGCCGACAAAGCAGCUCUCCUCCUCAGCUCCGCCGUCCGCGGCUGCACCCUAAUCCAAAAACCCCCAUAGAUCAAGACCUAUUUCUUUACCGAUCUGAACUCCACAAUUAGCCUAAUCGACAACAAUAUCAUCUUCUGCGGAAACAUCAUCCCUGCGACGACGACCGAGACGAACUGGACGAGUACCAGAAGAGCGACUACUUCACCAUUGUUAAAUCGCUGUCGUUUCACAAGUCUCGCAGCUCUCAGUUGAUCGGCGACUCGAACCGCUUCACUGGUCGAGCUCGCUACAGUUUCUGAAUUCGGAUGCGCAUCCGAGCAGGAGUUUCAUCGGUGAAUAUUACGGCGAUCACAUCCAUGUCAGCGAAAUCGAGGCGGCGGAUGUUCAUGUUUUGCUCUGCCCUACCUACACAUGUAUACAUCUAUAUAUAGAUUGGGGAGAAUUGACCUAGAUACCCAAAGAAUUGUUUCGUUUCCGUUUUGGCUUUCACUUUCCAUUUCCGUUGCGGCUUUCGCUUGAGUUUGGAGUGGGAGCUAGAUGCAAGUUAGAUUGUGAGUCGGGUUUCAAGACGACUCCUCUGGUGGUGGCUUAUGUUUAGGUUCCGCAGCAUCUCCUUUUCUAUGGCCUAGUUACUUCGACCCAGAGUAGUAUUCCUACCUUUGUUGCUGACAAAAGACUGACCAAGAUAUAUGCCCUACACAAUUUUGACCCAGUUGAAACACUCUCUCUGUCUCUAAAUUUCUUGGAUCCACCAAGUUUUAUUCUUCCUCAGUCUCCUUAUUUUGGGUUGUCUGUUGGCUUCACUUGUGGAUGGUAGUGUCCUGUUGGUCGUCGGAGAGGAAGAGUCCGCUAAUGGUGAUGAUUAUGACGGUGGUAGUUAUGGCCGCGGCGCCACCAUCUGUGGUAGUUGUCUGUGUAUGUAUAUAACUGUGUAUCUAUACAUGGUGGGAGGUGUGUAUGUUAAUAUAACUUUAUUUUUGGGCAAUAUAGUCAUUUCACAUAUAAAUUUUAUAUUAUGUUAUAUUAAUAAAAUAGUAAAGGGUAUUUUAGUUAUUUAAGAAUAAUUUCUACUGAAAAACAACACCGGACACUUUGGAAGGAGGUGAGUGAUAUUUCAAAACGUUAGGGGGUAAUGCCUGUAAUUAAGCAUAACUUUGAAAGAGAUAAACGUAAUUAUUCCCUCAAACUAAUCCUUAUUAACACUUUCUUUUAGCAUUAUGUUACAUCAUUUGGUACUUAUUCACACUUUGUUUUAGCAUUAUUUUGCAUCAUUUGAUUGAAAAUUUAAUGACUCUUGUCAUCCUAGGAUUCAAAUUUAAUAUAUUUUGAAUGGGUAUACAAUACUUGAAAGUAAGUUUCAUGUAAAACAAUUCUUGCUUAAACUUUCACAAAAAAUAUAUAUAUAUUAUGGACUAAAAAUUAAAAUUUCUUUAAAUUAUAUUUUAUUUAGAAUACAAAAAUAGUCAAAAUCGCAUCAGAGGAGAGAGAGGGGGGGGGGACUAUAGCCUAUAAAGAAUACGGAACGGACCAAAAAAAGAGCAAUAAACGAACGGUGUUGAUAAAACGGCGCUCACAUCUGAGUCGUCUCCUCUCUGCCCUCUUCUCCAGCGUCCGAUCUCUCACUUCUCCUCCUCCAUACCCAUCGAUCUUAAAGCCUCCCUCGCGCCAAAAUUACAAAUUAAACACCACACCUUCGGUAGGUUGUGGUGCAGUGCUCGCUUUGUUGACCUAGGGCGUUGGCGACGAUGGCCGAUUCUCUGGCAAGUCCCGGCGGAGGUAGUCACGAGAGCGGCGAGCACAGCCCCAGGGCGAACGUCCGCGAACAGGACAGGUAUUUGCCGAUCGCCAACAUCAGUCGGAUCAUGAAGAAGGGGAUUCCCGCGAAUGGGAAGAUCGCGAAGGAUGCGAAGGAGACCGUUCAGGAAUGCGUCUCGGAGUUCAUCAGUUUCGUCACUAGCGAAGCAAGCGAUAAGUGCCUGAGAGAGAAGAGGAAGACGAUUAAUGGGGAUGAUCUGCUGUGGGCAAUGGCGACUCUAGGGUUUGAAGAUUAUAUUGAUCCGCUCAAGGUGUACUUGAAUCGAUACAGAGAGGUAAUUGUUAUCUAGUGAUUUUUCUGGUUAGGUUACUUUAAUUCGAAUUAUGGGUAUGAUUUUUUUUUUUAUCUGACAAAUUUUUUCUUUUCUUUUUUUCUUUAAUUCUGUUAUGGGUUGGACGCUCUGUUGCAGAUGGAGGGUGACACCAGAGGAUCAGCCAGAGGAGGGGAUGGUUCUGCUAAGAAAGAUGGUUUUCAAUCCGAUCCAAAUGCCCAACUUGCUCAUCAAGGUUCAUUUUCACAAGGCAUGAUUAAUUAUGAGAGCUCUCAAUCGCAGGCUCAACAUAUGAUGGUUCCCAUGCAAGGCGGAGAGUAGAAUCUAUUCUUCAUUUACUGUUUCAUCAUUUAUAUUCCUAUUGGAGGAUAUUGUGUUUAAAAUCGAUGACUUGCAUUUAUGAAUAUUGAUGUGAUCUUAAGCCUCUCAGGUACUGGGUAGUUUUGGUGCUCUCAUAUUGUUGUGGUGCUCUCAUAUGUUCUUUCAAGCUUUAUUCUGUUUAGGCUUGUAUAUUAAGGUUUGUUCUUUCAGAGAGUACAUUUGGUGGAUUUAUUUAAAACUAUUUUGUUGUUUCUCCAUGUCAUGCAAAAAAAACUUGAAAGAACUUAUUAAGAUAUUUGUAUUGCUUCAUAUUUCUUCUUU